GUAAACCAGUCUGGCACAGAUAAAUGGGCGCCUGGGCAGCCCAUUCUUGUGCGUUGUGGUGUGUUGGAUGUCAGACGGUCCUGUUGCACUAGUUUUUUCCCCAAAAGAAAAUAGACACGGAAAGAAAAGGAAGAAAAGAUGGGUGCGCUCGACGAUUCGUUGCUGCUGGGCUUUGUCGCUCAGCACUGGCUGCCACUCACAGCCGUCAUUACCAUCGCCUGGCUCGCGAGGAAUUACUUCCGUAAUGGGCUCAACAAGUAUCCAGGUCCGGCUCUCGCGGCCGUGACAGACUGGUGGCGCUUCUGGGACGUCUACGGCCGUCGGUCAGAGGUCACGCACCAGAAACUCCACGCAAAGUAUGGCGACGUCGUGCGGCUCGGGCCCAACAGUCUGUCCUUUGCCAACCCAGAGGCGCUCAAGACCAUCUACGGGCUGAACAAGGGCAUGAUCAAGUCCGACUUCUACGUCGUCCAGCAGGCCGUCAUGAACGGGCACUCGCUCGCCUCGCUCUUCAGCACCACCGACGAGGCCUUCCACGCGCGCUUCCGGCGCUGCGUCAACGCGGCGUUCUCCAUGUCCGCGCUCGUCCAGUACGAGCCCUUUGUCGACAACACGACGCGGCUGUUCCUGUCGCAGACGGAGCGCCUGUUCGCGGACAGCCCGGAAGGGUGCGACUUCCCCCGCUGGCUGCAGUUCUACGCCUUUGACGUCAUCGGCGAGAUCACCUACGGCAAGCGUCACGGGUUCAUCGAGAAGAACGAGGAUAUUGACGGGAUCGUGGCGUACUUGUCCAAGCUGUUCUGCUAUGUGGCGCCGAUCGGCCAAAUCCCCUGGCUCGACAAGCUCCUCCUCAAGAACCCUGUAUAUCUCAAGCUCGCGCAGUGGGGCGUCAUCGACGCGACCUUCCCCGUGGCCCGCUUCGCCCGCGCGCGGAUGAACGAGCGCCUGCACAACCCCAGCGACAACCUGGCCGAGAAGAACGCGCUGAUCGAGACGACGCUCGAGGAAGGCACCGGCAAGGUCGGCUCGACGGACCUGCUGACCAAGUUCCUGGCCGCGCAGGAGAAGGCGCCCGACUUCAUGAGCGACACGCUCGUCCAGACCAUGGCCGUGUCCAUGGCCUUUGCCGGGUCCGAGACCACCGCCAUCUCCCUCGCCGCCGUCUUCUACUACCUCCUCCGGACCCCGCACGCCAUGGCGAGGCUGCGCGCCGAGAUUGACCAGUUCGCCCGCGACGGCGGGUUCUCGGACUGCCAGACCGGGCUGGUGACAUGGCCCGAGGCGCAGAAGCUGCCUUACCUCGACGCCUGCGUCAAGGAGGCGUUCCGCAUGCACCCGGCUGCCGGCUUGCCGCUGGAGCGCAUCGUGCCCGUGCAGGGCAUCGAGAUUGACGGCGUGUUUGUGCCCGGCGGGACCAUCGUCGGUGCCUCGGCGUGGGUGAUUCACCGCCGUCCCGAGAUCUUUGGCGCCGACGCCGAUGUGUACCGGCCGGAGCGGUGGCUGGUGGACGAGACGGGCGCGCGCACGAGGGAGAGCGAGGAGAAGCGGAUCAAGGAGAUGAACGGGCUCAUGUUCCAGUUCGGCAUGGGCAGCCGGACGUGUAUUGGCAAGAACAUCAGCCUGCUCGAGAUUUACAAGCUCGUGCCGAGUCUGCUGCGGAGGUUCGAGAUUGAGUUCAAGGACCCGCGGGUCGAGUGGGAGCUCAUCAACGCCUGGUUCAUCAAGCAGCAGAACUUUGACGUCAAGUUCCAUCGCAGGGAGCUGGUUGGGCCGGCGAGUGGUUAGGGGACCCUCACGGCGAGGUGACAAAGUUGUGUGCAUAGUAUGGAUAGCGUUUGCUUUUAAGGGUCAAAAUACAAGACAGUCGUCCAG